CGAAGUUCUGUGAUAAAAAUUGUGAAUGUUGAAGAACUUUUAUCGUAUAAACAUUAAUAGCCUUAAAAAUAGGCAAUGUAUUGGAGUUGGAUACAUUUUCAAGAAUUCAUAAUAAAUACAUCUGUAUGUAUUAUGUAAUUAUUUGAAUAUUUUAAUUCCAUCAUUUAGAAAGAGAAUAUCAAUAGCAAUAGUGUUUUUAGUACAUGAAAGCCAUCAACUUUUUUAAACCGUAUUGCUUUAUACAGUAUUGUAAUAUGAAAUUUAUAUAUAAAUAGUAAAAAAAUUAUGAAUUUUCAAAAAAUAUAUUAAAUUUUACUAAAUUGUAUACAAUGUCUCAUUGUGACGAAGAAGUGGCAUCAUCUGGUUUUCACCAAUUGAGUAUUACAAUUGAAGGUGCUAUAUUAAGAAGUUCUACAUUUUUAAAGCCUAAUCCUUAUAUAGAAUUUUCUGUUGAUGAUAAAAGUCCUCGAAAAACAGAAGUUUCGAAAUCUACAUAUCAACCAAAAUGGAACGAGGAAUUUACAAUACUUGUAACUCCACAUUCACAAUUACAUUUUCGAUUAUUAGAUCAUAGUACUUUCCGAAAAGAUACUUUAAUAGGAGAAAAAAAAAUAAGUCUUUCUCAAGUAUUAUCUCAUUAUAAUGGAAAAUUAGAAAAUAUGGAAGUAACGUUUGACUUAAUGAGUGAAAAUAAACAUGAUUCUCAAUUAUGUAAAGUUGGAGAAUUAAUAACAGUAUUUGAUGGAUUAAGAAUCAAUAUGCCAAAUACAUCAUCAAGCAUUAAUGAAUCACCAUCAUGUCAAACACAAUCUGCCUGCAUAACUUUUGAUGGUGUUUCAAAUAAUGAUGCUAUUAGUAAUAGUAGCAUUCUUAAUGGAGGGAUUCGAGCACGUAUGAGAUUACAUGAAGCUAAACAUGUUGCAUCAUCUAAUUUUCAUGGAACAUUGUCAAAUAUUUAUCAAAACUCUACUUAUAAUAGUGGAAGUGAGCAAACUAAUACUAAUAAAAAUAAUGAACAAAUUGAACCUGUUGCAUCAAAUUCUUUAUCAAAUGGACAUGUAAUAUCGCCUGCAGAUAAAUCUAUUGUAUCUUUAUCAGGACGUUUUGCCGCAUCUUUGCCAGAUCGUCAAACGUCUCGAAUAGAGCAUGUAUCAACAUCUGGUAUAGAUGGUAUAAGAGUUGGUUCAUGUACAGAACAAUUUCCAAAAGUUUCUGCCUCAGAAAGUCGUAAUAUUUCCCAAAUUGAACAAUCAACAAUAUUGUCUGGAACAGUUGGAAUAUCUAGAUCAGAUCAAUUAACUACUAAUACAGACAUAUGUUCACAUAAUAGAACAGAACAAUCUCUUUCUAAUGAACGUAACAUUCGAACAGAACAAUCAGUAACUAGUUCUCUUUCAGAUAGUUAUGGAAAUAUGAGAACAGAUCAGGAUACUUCUUUAAUGGAUGGAUUUAUAGUUUCUAGAGUAGAUCAAUUUAGAAAUCCUGUUUUAACUGAUAAUCAAGGACAUUCUCAAACAGAGCAAUCUGUAGUAUUUACUUUACCAGAUGGUUCUCAUUUAGAACAACCUACAGUGUUUCUUAUGACAGAUAAUCGUGGAAUAACACGUUCAGAUCAAUCUUCAAUAUUAUCCACGAGUGAAGCACGUAGAACUACUCAUAAUGAACAAUAUACAAAUCCUACAACUAUACGGUCAAAUCCUCGAGUAGUACAACGGGUAGCUUCAUUGUCAGGAUCAACUAACAUGCUGCCUGGACAGUCAACUCAAUCUGGAUCUUCAAUUGUACUUGCUGAAAUUGAUCCCACAAAUCAUUCUGAAGAGCCAUUACCUCCUGGUUGGGAAAUGAGAUAUGAUAUUUAUGGAAGAAGGUAUUAUGUUGAUCAUAAGACACGAAGUACUUCUUGGGAAAGACCACAACCUUUACCACCAGGUUGGGAAGUUCGUAGAGAUCCCAGAGGCAGAAUUUAUUAUGUAGAUCAUAAUACAAGAACAACAACAUGGCAAAGACCAAAUACAGAAAGAUUACAACAUUUUCAGCAUUGGCAAGGUGAAAGACAGCAUGUGGUACAACAAGGAAACCAACGAUUUCUCUAUCCUCAAGCACAUGGAAAUCAAACUGUUAUAGCAGGAUCCUCAACAUCAUCUAUGGUUGAUGAUGAUGAUACUCUAGGACCAUUACCUGCUGGGUGGGAAAGACGUAAACAGCCAGAAGGAAGAAUUUAUUAUGUAAAUCAUAAAAAUCGUACAACACAAUGGGAAGAUCCAAGAACGCAAGGACAAGAAACUGGAAUUGAUGAACCACCAUUACCAGAUGGCUGGGAAAUACGAUUAACUGAAGAUGGAGUUCGAUAUUUUGUAGAUCAUAAUACGAGGACAACUACAUUUCAAGAUCCAAGACCUGGUGCACCUAAAGGUCCAAAAGGUGUUUAUCGUGUACCAAGAGCAUAUGAAAGAUCAUUUCGAUGGAAAUUAUCACAAUUUCGCUUUUUAUGUCAGACCAAUGCAUUACCGAAUCAUAUAAAAAUUAGUGUUAAUCGACAAACAUUGUUUGAAGAUUCCUAUCAUCAGAUAAUGAAUGCUGAAGCUUUUGCACUAAGACGCAGAUUAUAUAUAAUAUUUAAAGGAGAAGAAGGUUUAGAUUAUGGAGGUGUAUCAAGAGAAUGGUUUUUCUUAUUAAGUCAUGAAGUGUUAAAUCCAAUGUAUUGUUUAUUUGAAUAUGCCAAUAAGAGUAAUUAUAGUUUACAAAUUAAUCCAGCAUCUUAUGUUAAUCCUGAUCAUUUACAAUAUUUCAAAUUUAUUGGAAGAUUUAUAGCAAUGGCUCUUUAUCAUGGACGUUUUAUCUAUAGUGGAUUCACUAUGCCAUUUUAUAAACGUAUGUUAAAUAAAAAAUUAAUUAUGAAAGAUAUAGAAUCUAUUGAUCCAGAAUUCUAUAAAUCUCUUGUAUGGAUAAAAGAAAACAAUAUUGAUGAAUGUGGCCUCGAAUUGUAUUAUAGUGUAGAUUUUGAAAUUCUUGGCCAAGUAAUACAUCAUGAAUUAAAAGAAGGUGGUGACAAAAUUAGAGUUAUUGAAGAAAAUAAAGAAGAAUAUAUUAGGUUAAUGACAGAAUGGAGAAUGACAAGAGGUAUAGAGGACCAAACUAAAGCAUUUUUAGAAGGUUUUAAUUCUGUUGUACCAUUAGAAUGGUUAAAAUAUUUUGAUGAGCGUGAAUUAGAACUUAUGCUUUGUGGUAUGCAAGAAAUAGAUGUAGAAGAUUGGCAACGCAAUACAAUUUAUAGACAUUAUACACGAAAUAGCAAACAAAUUUUGUGGUUUUGGCAGUUCGUAAAUAGAACAGAUAGCGAAAAACGAGCUCGACUUUUACAAUUUGUAACGGGUACUUGUCGAGUACCUGUUGGAGGAUUUGCAGAAUUAAUGGGAAGCAAUGGUCCUCAAAGAUUUUGUAUAGAGAAAGUAGGAAAAGAUACAUGGUUACCUAGAUCACAUACAUGCUUCAAUAGAUUGGAUUUACCACCAUAUAAAAGUUAUGAUCAACUAGUAGAAAAGUUAAAUUAUGCAAUUGAAGAAACAGAAGGUUUUGGCCAAGAAUAAUUAAAUACUUAAAUAUAAUAUAUCACUAUAUAUGAGAAGUGAUGAAAACAAGUUUAGUGUAAUACAAGAUUUUAUGAUUUGAUUUAUCUUGUUUAUAAUAACAAGAUAAAAUUGUUAAGUAAGAAUUUUUUUUAAAUUAAUGAAUUAAAAAUGUUUGUAUUAAACUUUUAUAAGAAAUUCUGAUAUUAAUUUUAAUUGAAAA